GUCAUCGAGACGCGCCCGAAGCUGCUCCUGAGCGGUGGUUCCGGUGUGAAUGGAGAGAGGUGUCGCGUUGGCAUUCCCGGGGAGCAGAUAAAUCGGUAUAUUGUGCAUCAAACUCCCAGGGGCCAGCUCUAUCCAGGCCCCUGCCACAGUCUGGGUUAUUACUGUAAUACCCCUUUAAAUAAAAAGGGCUGAUUUAUAGUGUCACUUAAUAACCAUAACCAAAUAUUACUAUUAAUAAUAACUGAAUAUCACUAUCAAUAAUAACAACCGAAUAUCACUAUCAAUAAUAACAACCGAAUAUCACUAUUAAUAAUGACAACCGAAUAUCACUAUCAAUAAUAACAACCGAAUAUCACUAUUAAUAAUGACAACCGAAUAUCACUAUUAAUAAUAACUGAAUAUCACUAUCAAUAAUAACAACCGAAUAUCACUAUUAAUAAUAACAACCGAAUAUCACUAUCAAUAAUAACAACCGAAUAUCACUAUUAAUAAUGACAACCGAAUAUCACUAUUAAUAAUAACAACCGAAUAUCACUAUCAAUAAUAACAACCGAAUAUCACUAUUAAUAAUGACAACCGAAUAUCACUAUUAAUAAUGACAACCGAAUAUCACUAUUAAUAAUGACAACCGAAUAUCACUAUUAAUAAUAACAACCGAAUAUCACUAUCAAUAAUAACAACCGAAUAUCACUAUCAAUAAUAACAACCGAAUAUUACUAUUAUUAAUAAUACCCGAAUAUUACUAUUACUAAUAACCGAAUAUUAAUAUUAUUUUAUUAUUUAUAUAGCGCCAUCAGAUUCCGUAGCGCUGUACAAAGGGUGAACUAACAGACAUUUAAUAAUAUUACUAUUAUUAUUAAUAAUACCCGAAUAUUACUAUUAUUAACCGAAUAUUACUAUUAUAAUAGUAGCCGUAUAUUACUAUUAUUAAUAUUACUAUUGUGCUGUGAUUCCCCUUCAUUGUGCCAGGGAUGGGAUACCUAAUGCAGGGGGUUAAUAAUGUUAUCACAGUUGUAGUAGGCCCCUGCUGGGGUCAGAAUUAUAUAUAUCUAUAUUUCCCCCAUAUAAUAUGUGUUUAUAUAAUGCUACUGGUGUGUAGAAUAAAUGUAUUAAGUCAUGGAGAAGGUUAAUGGGUAGGAUUGUAUCCAUUCCAGCUCACAUAGCAUCUCACCAGCUAGCCAGGGUAAGCAGGUCAAUGUAUUGUUUAUUUUUUGUUCUAUAGUUGAGCUGUUAACGUUUUCCAGAUAUCAGACAGAAAUUGGGCAGGUUCUCUGCUCCAGGAUUUAGUUUAUGAGGAACAACCUGGUUCACAAUGUCACUGGUCACCCAAGCUGCCAAACUCUUAUGUGCACUGUUGCAGUUCAGACUCUGCAUAGGUGGAGGUGAGAAAGCAAAUCGUUGCAGUUAUAAACCACGCGAGAAAGAGAGACGGAGAGCAGGGUACUUAAAUGCAACCCUGCCUCGUUGCAAAAGUUAUUGCGCAGUAAAGUGAGUCUUUAAAGGUUCCCUGCUAUGCUGAGUACAACUUUUUUCUUUUUAAAAAGAAUGAAAAUUCUAUUUGUACAGUGUGCUAGCAGAUUUGCUAGUAAAUGUAUAGAUAGGGAGAAAAAACUAUUAAAAAAUAUCUUCUCCUCACCUGUCAAUGAUUUCUUCAAACUCUGUGAUGAAAAAUUGCAUGAUUUUGCUAUUACAUGACAAAAAGUCAUGAUUUUAUUAAAGACACGGUGGCGAGUAUUGCAAAUCCCUUUCUUUACUGUCCACCAAUAGCAGCAAAGGAUAAAAACUGAAUAAAAAAAACAAUGAACAUACAGUAACAUAGGCCCCUCCCUGCACAGGUCCCAGUAUAAUAGGCAGCACUUUUUUUUUCCCCUCUUUCUGAAGAUGCGACACUAUACACAGAGUCCAAAACAGGAACAGCAAUAUAGUAUGAGAUAAACAAAAACAUAGAAACUUCAACCCAAGAGGUGGAUCAUAACAUCAAUUAACAUGGAAGCACAACUUGAUGACUGCCGACCAAACUGUAUUCGCAGGGAGAGGUCUUCACAUGCCCUUCACAAAACCAGACAUUCCACCGGAGCGGAUUAGGCUGUGAAAACAUAAAGAACAGGAGCCCAAGGGUAAAAUCGGUACUUGAGACUGACAUCAAGGCCAGACAGAGCAAGGCCCAACAAACAUUUGCAGAGAAAUAACCAGAUAGACCCAAACUACAUAGUCAAAUCCCUUCCAACACAGAUCCAACUUACCGUACCAAUCAAAGCGAUACGUGUCACCUAUACAUUGAAAUAAACUGGGGGGGAAAACCUGAGUAGUAUAAAAUGGGUGGGACAAUACUCGCCUCCGUGUCUUUAAUAAAAUCAUGACUUUUCGUCAUGUAAUAGCAAAAUCAUGCAAUUUUAUGACAAGAAACGGAGGCUCAUAUUGCAAGUUUAAAGCUGAUCAACUACUGCCGCAAACGUAUGAGGAACCGGUCUGAAGUAGAAUUCCAGAAAAAACGAUUCCCCUGACCAGUUGGCCAUCUUCAUGAGGUCCUCCAGGCGCGCGCCUGAAGCCAUCAUUGAAGAUGCUGAGGCCACCCUGAUCGAAUGGGCGCCGAAAAUCGCAGUGUCAAUACCGGCUUGAGAGAGUAGCCAUUUAACCCUUCGAGACAAAGUGGUGCUAGUUACGGGUUGAAACGGCAGAUGGGUAGAUAAAAAUAGAUGGGGGGGAGGAUGUGGAACGGUGUAGCUUGGUGUGAUCCUCAUAUUCGCGUAGGCAAGCCACCGGACAUAGCGCCGGUGUAGUGGGGAAACUCGGAUAAGAUACUGACCUAAUAGACAUUUUGGUGCGUCUGCUGAUAUUGAAUGUCACUCCUUCUGGGGUAUAUGAUCUGGCAUUAAAGUCCAGUGCUCGGACAUCCGAGACCCUUUUACAGGAGAUGAGACAAAACAAACAGACCAACUUGGCUGAUAGUUGUCUUAGGGAGAGCGCAGAAUUAGUGGACCAAGAAGCGAGGAAGAAUAACACCACCGAUACAUCCCAGGUCGCGGUGUAGCGCGGUCUGGGUGGCCGAGAGAGGCGAGAGCCCUUGAGGAGCCGGCACACCAGGGGGUGCUGGCCCGUCGGGCAGCCAUCGAACCCCUGAUGUGUUGAGGAGAUGGCCGACCGAUAUAAGUUGAUGGUCCUGUAUGCCUUACCUGCUUCAAAGAGGGAAGUCAGGAACUGUAGGACCGCAGUUGCAGGGGCUGAAACAGGAUCCAUGUCCCGAGCCAGGCACCAACCAGCCCAAGCUCACAAAGCUGACCCAUAUGCCCGUCUAGUGCUGGGAGCCCAUGCCGCUGCCAGUAGGCGUCUAGUAGUGUCCGAAACUCCCUGGACCUCCCAGGGUCCCCUGAAAUCCGCCACGCCAAGAGCGGGAGGGAGCCCUCUAACCGGAGAGGGUGGCAACACCCUAUCGGAUCCAGAAGAAGUUCCUGGGAGGGUAGCAACAGUCUGGGAUAAUCCACUGUCAUUCCGAGAAGUUGAGGGAACCUCAAUUGUGUUUCCCAGAAUGGGGUCACUAGGACCAGUCCGGCCUGAUAUCUGCAAGAGUGUAGAAGGGUGCGAGGGAUCAUGGAGAACGGGGGGAAAGCAUAUAGGAGGUCUACGCUCCAAACCUGCAGGAAGGCGUCUACUGCCUCUGGCCUCCAACUGAAGAAUCGUGGGAGCUGGGUGUUGAGCCGGGAGGCGAAUAGGUCUAUAGCAAAAGGGCCCCAAAGAGACGAUAUACUGGAGAACACUUUCGUGUCCAAUUUCCAGUCGCUGGCAUCUGAUAGAUAUCGUGAGCCCCAGUCCGCCUGGACGUUGUGUAGUCCUGGCAGGUAUUCCACUUGAACCACCAGGUCCCGGUCUAAGCAAAAGUCUUUCGCCAAUCUGGCCAGGACCGCAGAUUGAGUACCGCCCAAGUGGUUGACAUACCUCACCGCUGAUACCUUGUCCAUGCGGAGGUGGAUGCAUGUAUGAGCUCGGUCGUGAAGCUGCGGAUCGCGAAGGAGCCUGCCACGAGUUCCAAUACGUUGAUGUGGAGUCGGGAUUCGGAUUCCGACCAGCGACCCCCUGUCGCCACACCCCCGCAAUGAGCCCCCCAGCCAUGGAGGUUUGCAUCUGAGUCGAUGGUGAACUCCGUCAUGGAGCCGAAGAUUGCCCUGCCGUUCCAAGCAGAUUGGUUGAGGAUCCACCAUCGCAAUUCGUCCUUUGUCUCGUUGUCUAGCGAUACCAGGUCCGCGUAGGAUGCGCCGGCCCUCAGGUGAGCUAUUUUUAAACGUUGCAUCACAUGGUAAUGGAGCCGAUCCAGGAACACUAGAAAACCGGGAUACCUUCAAAGGUGAUGUGUUCAGGAGCAAAUUCACUUUAUAUGUGACUUCGUUGGUAUGGAAAAAUAAAGUAUCUAAAAUGAUAGAUGGUAACUGUGCCAAAAUGUAUGGUGUGUAUACCUUUAAAUCUGCUACAGGCAGAAUCUGUUUGGUACACACCGAAUGAUCUGCUUAAUGCAAAGUUAUUGCUAAAUACAAAAUAACCAUAUGAGACCUGGUUACCUGUUAUGUAUAAAAUUAACACACUGUUUAAAAUAGUGUGUAUAUUGCUUUAAGUAAUCCGUUGGAAAACUAAACAGUGCACGAAACAGUAUAAUAUUUCAAUAGGGGGAUAUAAAAAAUUCCAUAAUAACUGUAUUGGUUAUAAUCACUUGAGAAUUAAGCAAGAACUACAAGUGAAAGUAAAAAACCACUAAUAACAAAAUGUAUUUAAAAAAGAUAAUGUAGAAAUUUAUUCAUCAUAUAAAAAACAUAAAAGAAUAGUCCAAAUUUGGAAUAAAAAUACAAAUACAAAAAAUGGGAGCCAGGAACGAUUAGCAAGUCUUUAGCCACUGCAGAUUUUGCACAAAUAGCUUCAUCCACACUGUAACUGUUAAGGAUUACAGUGGAUACUAUUGUAUCAAAAAUGAAGAGAAAUUACUUGCCGGCUGCUGGGGAGGUUGGCGUGCGUGCCAAACCUCACUCUGAUUCUCAGAUGCUCGGCAGUCCGUCUGUCCCCAGGUCGUAAGUGCCGUGUGUGGGAAGAGGAGAAGUGCUGCUGCUGGCGUCUGGCUGCUCCGUCGUAUCCUGCUCACUCUCACUGCUGGUCUAACGUGUUUCGUGGGUGUCAGCCGCACUUCUUCAGAGACAUGCUGCAGCUGAGUUAGGAUGUGUGUCUUAUAUACAGAGCUGAUGGGCUGCGUGUAUUAUUUGUUAACUAGACAUGUAAAUCUCAUUUUAUAUACAUAGAAUAGAUGUAAAAACAAGUUGUGAGCUAAGAACAAAUUAAAAAUAAAAAUAAAAUAAAAUACAGUGGUUUGAUACUUAUUGAAAUGAUACAUACACAAAUAUAGUAUUGAAUGUGUAAAUUAAAAUUACUAUAUCAUAAUCAGUUUUUAAAAUUUUUUUAAAAAAUUGGAAGUUGGUAGGCUUAUUAGCAAUUAUAGAAUUGAUUAUAAUAAAAGAUAAAUCAAAAAGGGGAAUGGAUAUGUACUUAAAAAACGAUCUGUGGAAAAAUUGGAUAUAUUAUAAAAAGGUCAUAGAGAAUUUGAAGUAGAGGCUGUGCCCCAAGUUACAUUACAAACCCAAAUGGUAUCAUAAGUGAUUAAUGUAAUGUGAGAGGAUCAUAAAAGCAUUAGAGUAAAGGCUGUGCACGGAGUCAUAUUACAAAUGUAAAUGUAAAUGAUAUCAGUAGUGAUUAGUGCAUACUAGGAAGAAUAUAUUCAAAUAAAAGCUGUGACUGAACUUAUAAUGUCAAUGCAAGUAGUGUCAGUAUCUCAAUUAAAUAACCAGAUGGGAUUUUACAAUAUCAUUAUCAUAAUGAAAUAUCUAAAAUUGUAAAGAGAAUAUGUGAAAGGAGAGAAAAAUAUGAGAAAAAUAUGAGUGCAGUAAUAUUAUACUACAUAUAUAGUGUCUCUAAUGAGGUAGAUAAUGGUUGGAUAAAAUAUCCUAAAAUGUGAAUUACGACUAUAUACUGAGUAGGAGAACUUAGUGCAAGAAAUUAGAAAGUGAUAAAUGAUAUUACUCAAUAUAAAGUGAGCAGUGUGAAAAUGUGCAUGUGUAUGUAUAAGUAUGUAUAAAAAACUGGGUUGUAAAAAAAACAAAAAAAAAAAAACAAAACUUUAUAAGAAUGCAUUAAGUUCAAAAUCUAGAUUGAGACCCUUAGGGGCCAAAGUCUCUAGGUGGAAUAUCCACCUAGCUUCUGUUUGGUCCAGAUUCUUAUCUAUAUCGCCCCCUCUCCAAUUUACAUCUACCUUUUCAAUCGGUAGGAAUCUUAGUCCUGUGGGGUCUCCUCCGUGAAAGUCUUGGAAAUGUCUCGACAAAUUAUGGGUUUGGAGACCCCUUCUGAUGUUCCUUAUAUGUUCCGCCAUCCUCGUCUUCAGUGCCCUUUUUGUACGUCCUACAUACUGUUUGGAACAUGGACAUGUGAUGAGAUAGAUAACUCCUUUUGAAUCACAAUUCAUGUUGGUCUUGAUAUCAUAUUCCUUCGUGCCAUCCAUAGAUGUGAAUUUGGUGAUUUCAAGAUCCAGAGAAGGAUUAUUUGUACACGCAACACAUUUUUUACACCGCUUGAAACUUUUUGUAGCCAUCGUGUCUUGUUGGAUCUUACAUUGCUUGAGAGUUGGAGCCAAGAGUAAUUGUAGAUUGGGUGCUUUAGUGAAGAUGAUACGUGGUUGAUUCUCCAAAAUACCUAUCAGGGAAGGGUCACUCAUGAGGAUAUUCCAAUGUUUCUUUAGGAUUUUCUCUAUAGUGCGAGAUUGGUGGUUAUAUUGGGUUAUGAAAGCUGGUAUGGGUUGAUUCAUCUCAAUAGUUCCAACUUUAUUUUUGAGGGUAUCUUGUCUUGGAAUGGUUAAAGCUCUAGUUUUGGCCUCAGUAAGUAAUGUUAGGGGAUAGCCUUUAUUGAUAAAUCUUUGCUGCAUCUCCUCCAUUUGUUCACCGCAUACUUGUGUGUUUGAGCAAUUCCUUCUAAUCCGCCUAAAUUGGCUAUAUGGGAUGUUUUUGAGCCAAGUAUUCUUGUGGUGGCUAUUAAAAGGAAUAAAACUAUUACAGUCUACUGAUUUUUUAAAAGUUUUGGUUUGUAUCUGGUUGCCUUCUAUAUAAAUGUUUAAAUCCAAGAACUCAAUUUGAUCACAUGACUGAUUAAAAGUAAACUUUAGAUUGUAAGGGUUGUUGUUGAGGUAGGUCUUGAACAAUUCAAGGGAGUUCUCAUCUCCUUUCCAGAUAAAAAAGCAGUCAUCUAUGUAUCUUCGCCAUAGGGACAGGUUUGCGCCAAACUAUUAAACCUUUUAUCCGAUUUUAACUGGUCCAAGGACAUGAUUUUAGUUACAGCAGACGUCACCUCACUAUAUACAGUGAUAGAGCACUUACAAGGAUGCGAGGCAAUACAAUAUUCACUGGCAACUUAUUCAGAACUAAAGAAUGACCAAAUUGACUUCCUAAUACAAUGCAUUGCUUUUAUACUUACUCACAAUUAUUUUUGGUGCAAUGACCAAUUUUAUUUACAGAUUGAGGGAACCGCCAUGGGGACUCGUUUUGCGCCAAGCUAUGCGAACUUAUUCAUGGGCAAAUGGGAGGAAGAAUUUAUAUGGGAACAUUGCCCAUUUGGCGCAAACCUGUCCCUAUGGCGAAGAUACAUAGAUGACUGCUUUUUUAUCUGGAAAGGAGAUGAGAACUCCCUUGAAUUGUUCAAGACCUACCUCAACAACAACCCUUACAAUCUAAAGUUUACUUUUAAUCAGUCAUGUGAUCAAAUUGAGUUCUUGGAUUUAAACAUUUAUAUAGAAGGCAACCAGAUACAAACCAAAACUUUUAAAAAAUCAGUAGACUGUAAUAGUUUUAUUCCUUUUAAUAGCCACCACAAGAAUACUUGGCUCAAAAACAUCCCAUAUAGCCAAUUUAGGCGGAUUAGAAGGAAUUGCUCAAACACACAAGUAUGCGGUGAACAAAUGGAGGAGAUGCAGCAAAGAUUUAUCAAUAAAGGCUAUCCCCUAACAUUACUUACUGAGGCCAAAACUAGAGCUUUAACCAUUCCAAGACAAGAUACCCUCAAAAAUAAAGUUGGAACUAUUGAGAUGAAUCAACCCAUACCAGCUUUCAUAACCCAAUAUAACCACCAAUCUCGCACUAUAGAGAAAAUCCUAAAGAAACAUUGGAAUAUCCUCAUGAGUGACCCUUCCCUGAUAGGUAUUUUGGAGAAUCAACCACGUAUCAUCUUCACUAAAGCACCCAAUCUACAAUUACUCUUGGCUCCAACUCUCAAGCAAUGUAAGAUCCAACAAGACACGAUGGCUACAAAAAGUUUCAAGCGGUGUAAAAAAUGUGUUGCGUGUACAAAUAAUCCUUCUCUGGAUCUUGAAAUCACCAAAUUCACAUCUAUGGAUGGCACGAAGGAAUAUGAUAUCAAGACCAACAUGAAUUGUGAUUCAAAAGGAGUUAUCUAUCUCAUCACAUGUCCAUGUUCCAAACAGUAUGUAGGACGUACAAAAAGGGCACUGAAGACGAGGAUGGCGGAACAUAUAAGGAACAUCAGAAGGGGUCUCCAAACCCAUAAUUUGUCGAGACAUUUCCAAGACUUUCACGGAGGAGACCCCACAGGACUAAGAUUCCUACCGAUUGAAAAGGUAGAUGUAAAUUGGAGAGGGGGCGAUAUAGAUAAGAAUCUGGACCAAACAGAAGCUAGGUGGAUAUUCCACCUAGAGACUUUGGCCCCUAAGGGUCUCAAUCUAGAUUUUGAACUUAAUGCAUUCUUAUAAAGUUUUGUUUUUUUUUUUUUGUUUUUUUUACAACCCAGUUUUUUAUACAUACUUAUACAUACACAUGCACAUUUUCACACUGCUCACUUUAUAUUGAGUAAUAUCAUUUAUCACUUUCUAAUUUCUUGCACUAAGUUCUCCUACUCAGUAUAUAGUCGUAAUUCACAUUUUAGGAUAUUUUAUCCAACCAUUAUCUACCUCAUUAGAGACACUAUAUAUGUAGUAUAAUAUUACUGCACUCAUAUUUUUCUCAUAUUUUUCUCUCCUUUCACAUAUUCUCUUUACAAUUUUAGAUAUUUCAUUAUGAUAAUGAUAUUGUAAAAUCCCAUCUGGUUAUUUAAUUGAGAUACUGACACUACUUGCAUUGACAUUAUAAGUUCAGUCACAGCUUUUAUUUGAAUAUAUUCUUCCUAGUAUGCACUAAUCACUACUGAUAUCAUUUACAUUUACAUUUGUAAUAUGACUCCGUGCACAGCCUUUACUCUAAUGCUUUUAUGAUCCUCUCACAUUACAUUAAUCACUUAUGAUACCAUUUGGGUUUGUAAUGUAACUUGGGGCACAGCCUCUACUUCAAAUUCUCUAUGACCUUUUUAUAAUAUAUCCAAUUUUUCCACAGAUCGUUUUUUAAGUACAUAUCCAUUCCCCUUUUUGAUUUAUCUUUUAUUAUAAUCAAUUCUAUAAUUGCUAAUAAGCCUACCAACUUCCAAUUUUUUAAAAAAAUUUUAAAAACUGAUUAUGAUAUAGUAAUUUUAAUUUACACAUUCAAUACUAUAUUUGUGUAUGUAUCAUUUCAAUAAGUAUCAAACCACUGUAUUUUAUUUUAUUUUUAUUUUUAAUUUGUUCUUAGCUCACAACUUGUUUUUACAUCUAUUCUAUGUAUAUAAAAUGAGAUUUACAUGUCUAGUUAACAAAUAAUACACGCAGCCCAUCAGCUCUGUAUAUAAGACACACAUCCUAACUCAGCUGCAGCAUGUCUCUGAAGAAGUGCGGCUGACACCCACGAAACACGUUAGACCAGCAGUGAGAGUGAGCAGGAUACGACGGAGCAGCCAGACGCCAGCAGCAGCACUUCUCCUCUUCCCACACACGGCACUUACGACCUGGGGACAGACGGACUGCCGAGCAUCUGAGAAUCAGAGUGAGGUUUGGCACGCACGCCAACCUCCCCAGCAGCCGGCAAGUAAUUUCUCUUCAUUUUUGAUACAAUAGUAUCCACUGUAAUCCUUAACAGUUACAGUGUGGAUGAAGCUAUUUGUGCAAAAUCUGCAGUGGCUAAAGACUUGCUAAUCGUUCCUGGCUCCCAUUUUUUGUAUUUGUAUUUUUAUUCCAAAUUUGGACUAUUCUUUUAUGUUUUUUAUAUGAUGAAUAAAUUUCUACAUUAUCUUUUUUAAAUACAUUUUGUUAUUAGUGGUUUUUUACUUUCACUUGUAGUUCUUGCUUAAUUCUCAAGUGAUUAUAACCAAUACAGUUAUUAUGGAAUUUUUUAUAUCCCCCUAUUGAAAUAUUAUACUGUUUCGUGCACUGUUUAGUUUUCCAACGGAUUACUUAAAGCAAUAUACACACUAUUUUAAACAGUGUGUUAAUUUUAUACAUAACAGGUAACCAGGUCUCAUAUGGUUAUUUUGUAUUUAGCAAUAACUUUGCAUUAAGCAGAUCAUUCGGUGUGUACCAAACAGAUUCUGCCUGUAGCAGAUUUAAAGGUAUACACACCAUACAUUUUGGCACAGUUACCAUCUAUCAUUUUAGAUACUUUAUUUUUCCAUACCAACGAAGUCACAUAUAAAGUGAAUUUGCUCCUGAACACAUCACCUUUGAAGGUAUCCCGGUUUUCUAUAUUUCCAGACAGGUUUUGGGUGUAUUCCUGUCUUCGUUCAGUUUUGAGCUAUUUACUUUAAGUCAGACUCCCUCACUCCUCUGUGUUUGCAUUAAACAGACCAGUUUCUAUUUUCCUGUGAUCCAGGAACACUGCCUGAAUGGAGGAUGCUAGGAGGCCGAUGAGGCGCGCCAGUUGCCUCAAGGUGAGUUGCGGCCGUAUGAGAGCUCUGCGGAGCUCCUUGCGAAUCAAACGAGUCUUGGACCUUGGAUAGCUCGACGUGGCCGCCUCUGUAUCCACUAAGAAUUCCAUACGAGUGGCGGGAGUCAGGCACGACUUUUCCUGGUUGAUAAUGAAACCCAGGCGAGAGAGUAGGUUCAUCGCCAGCCGCUGGUGUGCCAGAAGUAUGAGCAGGAUGUCGUCUAGGUAUAUGAUUAGACGAAUGCCUCGAAUGCGUAGCCAGGCCAUAGCUAGGUGCAGCAGUUUCGUGAAGAACCAUGGUGCUGAUGACUGAUGACAAAGGGCAGGCAGGUGAACCUCCAAGUCCCUGUCCGCCAAUGUAAACCAUGGAGAUCUCGGGAUGCUUCAGCUAUAGGCACCCUUGAGAUCCAGCUUUACCAAACAAUCCUUGGGCGUCCUUCCCGUCCUCUGUUAGGGCAAGGUCGGCCAGUUUAGGCUCUAUUUUAAACAAAAUGGCUUUAAUAGAGAGGGAGGUGUUUAUGCUCCCGGCAAUACAAAUAGCCCUUUGGACCCAACCACUGAGGUCUUCGGGGUCAACCAUAUGGUUUCCAGCUCUGGCAUCCUCCACCAGUUCAAAAAGUUUUGCCAGUGGGCCAAAUAUGUCUAAAUGUUUAUCCUGGCAUGCUUUCAGGGCAGAGUCUAGGUCCUUACGUGGGUUCCAGCCCAAUUUAGUUAGGAACUGGGUCAUUUUCGGAUCAACUUUAGGGGUAUCACAGACUUUAUUUGGCACCAUAGGCCUUGGACUCUCUGCCCUCAGUUUGUUCCGUGCUGCUUUACUGAGCAAUUUUCAAGGUACUUGGCUACAUGGUAUGCUGGGAGCCACUCCGCCGACCUCGGAUGGUAAAGCUCAUCCCGGUCGAAGAGAGGUUCGCCCAACGGAUCCAAGAAGGUGGAACCUGCAGUUGUGGGGUUAAGCGCCCCCGUGUCACCUCCGGACGUGUCUGCCUGAGCAGAGGGAAGGAGGUCAAGUCCCAGCUCAGCGGUCUCAAUAUCAGAGUCGUCAUCGUCAUAACCUCCUCACCUGACCCGAUUUUUGAGUCGGAGUCACUCUCAGGUUGUGCUCUAGCACAUUUCCAGAGCCUCUUUUGCGUGGGUGGGACACGCUUUCUGGGGCGACUGUAGGUACGCCAGUCGUAACAGUUCUGGAGGCAGAGGGGUGUUUGGACUUAUGGGUCGCCUUCUUGGAUGCGCCCUCAGACAGGUCCACAGUGGGACGCGGAAGAGGCGUCGUGGAACCUGACAUUUGCGCGUCCAAAGGACGAGGCAGGAAGGGCUGGGAGAUGGUAUGGGAGAGGGUAGAAGAUAUGGACCCCAUGGCUGCCAUAAUGGCAUCUGUCAUCGAGUGCUGUAGCGCCAAGAAUUGGUCCCCUUCAAGUUGGGUGGGUCUAUCUGCCAGAGUAGAUGGCGUGUCAUAGAUGACAGGGGUCUCUCCCAGAGGCAAAGGGGCAUCUCUCACCCCAGAGGGUGGUGAGCUGGAAGGCAUCCUGGGUUUGGGCAUAUUGGAUGCAGCUCAAUAUUCCUACUAGUGAGUUUACAGGGUAGUAAGGGUUAGUCAUCCAAACUAUAGGGAAAAGAGAACGAUAGGGAUCUCACCAGGGUCCAGACCAGAGGCACACAGACACACACGAGGUAGUAUGAGAGACAGGAAGUUGGAAAAUGGCCCUCGCGAUAUUCACGGCAAAAACCAGUGAAUUCGUCAAUAGAAAAGAACCGAACGUUCGGUAAAAUAGGCGAAUUCGUUUGAAUAAAACAGACGAAUGUAAAACAGACAAACGAGUAAACCGCACGAACCAAUUAGUCGAACGCGGUAAAUAGGCGAAUGUUGCUAUAUGCCGGUGAAACUAACGAACGGUCUGUGUUCGUGAAUUUAGCCGGACGGCUAGAUUCGUGCAGAAAACAGCCGAACAGAACGGAGAAAAGCAGCGCAAAAUGGCGCCAGAGGACAAGGAGAGGAGAGAUGGCGAGAAAAUAGAUUAGAGCAAAUCAUAGAAAAGCCAAACUGAGAGUGCACAGAUAGAUGUUUCACACAGAAGGUCUGGAACCCUGGGAGACAACAAUAUGUAUAUACACACAUAUAAUAAACAUAAAUAGAUAAACUGAGGAGAAAAGAUUCCUUAAUAGAAUCAAAUAAAAGAAUAGUAUUGAAUCUGUCAAUAAAGAAGAAACAAUAGAACAAUAAAUGACAAUAAAUAGCAAAAUUAACAACCAUAACUGACAGAAUAAAUAAGUAAUCUAUGAGAGAAAAAUGUGGAAGGGAAGUGCUGCCUAUUAUACUGGGACCUGUGCAAGGAGGGGCCUAUGUUACUGUAUUAUCAUUAUUUUUUCAUUCUGUUUGUAUUCUUUGCUGCUAUUGGUGGACAGUAAAGAAAGGGAUAUGCAAUAUGAGCCUCCGUGUCUUCUCAUAAAAUCAGAGAGCAGAGAAUACCAAGGAUAGCAGCCACAGCAAAUGUACUGUGGGUGCUUUAACUCCCUAGCCCAUGCUGUUAGCGCAAACUAGGAAGCAUAAUAACAGAGUGACGGAUAUUACUCCGUUCGGACGAACACAAUGAAGGUAGUGUCGGCAUUACAAAGCCAGUGUCCCCAAAGCGAGGUAAAUGAAAGAAGUGCGUGUCAGACUGGAGCGUAAAACCCUCAAAGGUGAGGACAUAGCCGCUAUAGAUUGCAAUUGAAGUGAAUUCAUAUCUCACAAUUUUACAUUGAAUACGUAAUGUAACUCUGUGAUAUAUGGUGAUUCAGUGCAUUUGGUGUGGGGGAGGAUUGAAGUGAAUUUGUCUUGACAGGUUCACUUUAGGCAUGCCACAAGUUUGACAAUAGUGGCAAUCCCACACUCACAGAAAUAGUUCAUUUAUGAAAAAAGGUUAAGCAGAGCCAUAGCCCAACAUUUUACUGGCUUAAUAAAGAUCUCCUGUGUGAGAGUAAAAUGUUUUUUUUUUUCAGACUAGACCAGCGAUGGCGAACCUAUGGCAUGUGUGCGACAGCUGGCACGCCGAGCCCUCUCUGUGGGCACGCAGCUAUAGGUCGCCAGUAGGGUGCCCACGGGGACGGUCCCUCAUUUUGAGAGUCUGUCCCUGGUCACAGGCACCCUCAUUCCGGGACAAUGUAGUGUUUCAUAGAAGCGUAGGUUUAUUUUGAAAAGUUCAGUAUAUAUAAAAAAAAAAAAAAAAAACAGCAUCCCCCCUACUAAACCACAGCACCCCCUCUACUAAAUCCCAGUCCACCUCUCUAAUAAAUUCCAGUCCCCGUCCCCCCAUAUACUAAAUCCCAGUACUUCCCUCUAGCCAACAAACAUUGCCGCUGCCAGUAUGCGACUCCGGAGUCCGGCCUCUGGUAUACCCCAAAUGGCACCGGCCGCACCAUGUGCCAAAUCUGAUCAUUUCUCUACUUCUUGAAACCCUAUGAAGGUGGGGCACGUUAACGUCACGUCAGAAUCUGACGUGGCAUUGCGUGCCUCCAUGCACCUCCAGGUACUCCACUGUCUAGUCGCAAUCAAUGCAGCACAGACCAACACACACUCACUGACAGACACACACAUACAGACACAGACAGACUUACUCACUGACAGACACACACACACAUUUACACAUUCUUGCACUCACAUCAUUUUGUUUAUUGCUCCCUACCUUUGGGAGCUUCUAUCUGGAGCUCAGCUUUCCUGCUCUUCACUGCUCACUCGCGCGCAGUUGAGUGAUGCCAUGUGACGGAAUAUGAUGUAAUAUUCCAGCGCCCAGCAUCACUACAGACGGCGCAUACAAGGGAGCAGUGAGGAGCAGGAAGGCUGAGCUCCCUCGCUGCCGCCAGGAACCUCUCCUCCCCAGCCAGGUAACUUUUAGCAGAGUAGGCCCCUGCAAUGUAGAGAAAGCCUACUCUGCUUUAAUACUAAGCAUGUACCUGCGGCUCAUGGGGCCUCAAAGCUGACCAUUGCGGACCGCGAGUUUGCCAUGCUUGGUUUACAGAAUGACUUGUGUAGUUAUCUAUUCCAAAGUUACCGUAGCGAUCAGGGGUCAGAGCUAGGCUGAUGGUGAAACCAUUGUAAUAAGGAAUUCUAGCUCCCCCCUCCAUACCUAGCCUUGUUGUUCAUAAAAUGCCAACUUGAGAAACUGAGCUGCUUUGUAACACAUGACAAAACGUAAUGGCAGAACACUGUGGGAAUACUUAAUAAUUGAUUAGCAAAAUGUUAAGUCAGUUUAAGGAGAUUCAAGUGUAGCCAGAGGCAGCACACCUUCUACAUCAAACAAUUAAAUGCAUGUACUCUGUUCACACACCUAGUUAAAGGACCCCACUAGCCACCCAGACCACUUCAGCUUAAUGAAGUGGUCUGGGUGCCAGGUCCAGCUAGGGUUAACCCAUUUUUUCAUAAACAUAGCAGUUUCAGUGAAACUGCUAUGUUUAUGAAUGGGUUAAGCCUUCCCCUAUUUCCUCUAGUGGCUGUCUCAUUGACAGCCACUAGAGGCGCUUGCGUGCUUCUCACUGUGAUUUUCACAGUGAGAACGCGCCCAGCGUCCAUAGGAAAGCAUUAUGAAUGCUUUCCUAUGUGACUCGGCGCAGCUCUGCAGCGUGCGCAUUCAGCCGGGAAGUUGGAGGAGAGCUCCCCGCCCAGCGCUGGAAAAAGGUAAGUUUUUACCCCUUUCCCCCUUCCUGAGCCGGGCGGGAGGGGGACCCUGAGGGUGGGGGCACCCUCAGGGCACUAUAGUGCCAGGAAAACGAGUAUGUUUUCCUGGCACUAUAGUGGUCCUUUAAAGUUUUUACCCCAACACAGCACAGAGGCAGCUAUCCAAAACACACUUGACACUUUUGACACCAUCGCACAAAGUUAAGCAGUUAGAAGUGAGAGGCAACAGAGAGUCAAAGGAGUAUAUUCAAAGCAAGGUCUUGUUACCAGUGGGCUACCUAAGGGUUCUGUACUUGGACCCAUUCUCUUUAAAGGACCACUAUAGUGCCAGGAAAACAUACUCGUUUUCCUGGCACUAUAGUGCCCUGAGGGUGCCCCCACCCUCAGGGUCCCCCUCCCGCCCGGCUCUGGAAGGGGGAAAGGGGUUUAAACUUACCUUUUUCCAGCGCUGGGCGGAGAGCUCUCCUCCUCAGUUCCGCCCCGUCGGCUGAAUGCGCACGCGCGGCAAGAGCUGCGCGCGCAUUCAGCCGGUCGCAUAGGAAAGCAUUUACAAUGCUUUCCUAUGGACGAUGGCGUGCUCUCACUGUGAAAAUCACAGUGAGAAGCACACAAGCGCCUCUAGUGGCCCACAGGCUUUGGUGGAAGGCUUAAUCCAUUAAUAAACUAUGUUUAUUAAAAAAUGGGUUAACCCUAGCUGGACCUGGCACCCAGACCCCUUUAUUAAGCUGAAGUGGUCUGGGUGCCUAGAGUGGUCCUUUAAUGUUAAUAUUUUUAUUAGUGAUAUUGCAGAAGGUCUUGCUGAUGAUACUGUAACAGAUAUGUAACAGGGUUGAUGUUCCAGGAGGGAUAAGCCAAAUUGCAAAUGAUUUAGGUAAACUAGAAAAAUGGUCAGAGUUGUGGCAACUGACAUUUAAUGUGGAUAAGUGCAAGAUAAUGCAUCUUGGAUGUAAAAACCCAAGGGCAGAGUACAGAAUAUUUGAUAGAGUGCCAACCUCAACAUCUGAGGAAAGGGAUUUAGGGGUGAUUAUUUCUGAUGACUGAAAGGUAGGCAGACAAUGUAAUAGAGCAGCAGGAAAUGCUAGCAGAAUGCUUGGUUGUUUAGAGAGAGGUAUUAGCAGUAGAAAGAGGGAAGUGCUCAUGCCAUUGUACAGAACACUGGUGAGACAUCACUUGGAGUAUUGUACGCAGUACUGGAGACUGUAUCUCCAGAAGGAUAUUGAUACUUUAGAGAGAGUUCAGAGAAGGGCUACUAAACUGGUUCAUGGAUUGCAGGAUAAAACUUACCAGGAAAGGUUAAAGGAUCUUAAGAUGUACAGCUUGGAGGAAAGACGAGACGAGGGGAUAUGAUAGAAACAUUUAAAUACAUAAAGGGAAUCAACACAGCAAAGGAGGAGACUAUAUUUAAAAGAAGAAAAACCACCACAACAAGAGGACGUCGUCUUAAAGGGACACUAUAGUCACCUGAACAACUACAGCUUAAUGUAUUUGUUCAGGUGAGAUCUAUAGCUCCCUGCAGCAAUCUAAUGUAAACACUGUAUUUUCAGAGAAAAUACAGUGUUUACAUUGAUAGGAAUACCUCCAGUGGCCGUCACUCAGACGGCCACCAGAGGGACUUCCUAUCAUGCAGGGCCCUAAAAAGGCCUUGUACACGUCAGACGUAUUAAAAUACGUCUGACGUGUGCAGGAGAGAGAAGGCACUGUGUGCGCGGUAGUGCACUCAGGAUUUCAGAGGACGGCAUGAAUGCCGCCCUCUGAAGUAUGUGAGCAUGCGCACAAGGGAGCAAUGACGCUUCCAAAUGAAAGCAUCGGAGUGCUCCCUGCUCGCGACCGCCUAUUUUGUCGAAAUAGGGGGUGCGGCUUUAAGAGGCUCCCGGCGCUGGAACCAGGUGAGUAAAAUCCUCUGCCUGGAGAGUCCCUUUAAAUUAGAGGGGCAAAGGUUUACAAAUAAUAUCAGGAAGUAUUACUUUAAUGAGAGGGUAGUAGAUGCAUGGAAUAGUCUUCCAGCUGAAGUGGUAGAGGUUAACACAGUAAAGGAGUAUAAGCAUGCGUGGGAUAAGCACAAGGCUAUCCUAACUAUACGAUAAGGCCAGGGACUAAUGAAAGUAUUUAGAAAAUUGGGCAGAGUAGAUGGGCCGAAUGGUUCUUAUCUGCCGUCACAUUCUAUGUUUCUAUAUUUUUAUUGUGUUAUCUUGCUAAGCACUUUGUAUAAAAUGACUGUAUUUGUUAGAUUGUAUCUGCCUUCACAUUCUAUGUUUCUGUGUUUAUUAUUGGUAGUGAUAAAGAGAGAAACAUUCUGGAGACAACAGUUGUUUGACAUUUUUUAAAACAAUCCAUUCUUAUUAUUCCUAUUUGUAAAUAAUUUGAUCUUCCGAAGAUUACCAAUAAAUAAAAUAAACAUGCUAAAUGUUUGUGUAUCUGACAGGGUUAUUUGCUAAGUGAGAAUUUAUAAUAAAUUUCAAAUUUAACCUCAAAAUAGCGGAACUGGGAAAAUUUCCCUAGUCCGCUAUGUGUUCAGUCCCGCUACUGUAGCCUUAAAUUCUAAAUUCACUUCAGUAAAUCGCUGUAAGUCAAGAAUCUGGCUAUGAAUUACUAUGAAUGAAAUUGCAAUUUUAGUAUUGAAAAACAUUUCAUGGACUAGUCGAGAGAGAUUUUAUUUGAAUGCUCUUAUUUGAUUCAAAGCAUUUAAAUGUCUGCAGAAAAGUAAGAAAAUAGUCUAGAAGAGUUACAAAUUCCAUGCCAAGCACAGAUUGAUAAAGUAUAAAAAGAAAAUGCACAAUUUAAAGUAAUUGGAAUAAUGCUCAAAACACCUUGAGUGGUAUCCCCUAAACCACCUCUAUAAAAUACACAAAAUAUACAUGCAUAAGGUGGAGCUGGUAUAAUGCAAAUCUGUGGAAGUAAAAUAUAGCAAUAUUGUCUGUACAAAUAAUUAUAAAGUUGCUAAAAUUAGGAAUAUCACUCAAGUGGGGAGCCAUUAGCAUCAUGAUUGUGGGCUAUUUUUGACGUUUUAGGACUAUAUUGUCCAUACACCACUGUACCUAUUUUAUUUAUUCAUCGGAUUUUAUUUUACUAAUAAAGCACAUUUUGGAAGAAAAUCUUCAGCAUCCUGUGUCUAGAUUGCCAGAGGUAAACACAGAGGACCAUAGAGGAGUUGGACCUCCUUCAAGUGUCCUUCCACGCUUUCCAUCCGAGUCAUAUGGUGCUAAUGGCUCCCCAUUUGUCAGGGAUACUCCUAAUUUUAUCAGCUUUAUAAUUAUUUGUACAGACUACAAAGCACAGAUUGAGAUGCUUACUGUAUUGAAUCCAGGUUUCCUUGUUUUGCAGUUCGCCUUGGUUAAUGAUUUUCAAGCAGCUGAAUUUGUUGUUGUCUGAGAUCAAACUCAAUGAAUCUGCAUGGUGCUUGGAAGGGGUUAACACGACACAGCCCGCUUUCCUCUCUUAUGAUUGCAUAGUGAUACUUUCAUAUUUAUAUUGAAUUGCUGUGUUUAUUCAUUAUGCCACAUGAUUUCUUCUUCUAGUUACCAAAGUAUUCAUGAAGGGAUAUGGGGUCCACGCUCUGCAUUUGCUCUCGAGGGGUUAUAACCAUUGAAAACAAGCGUUACAUGUUCGUCCAGAAGCUGGGUGAAGGGUAAGUAGACAAAGGGUUCUUUUUCAUUUAUUAAGGUUUCUAUACUUCAUCUAUGGAGUAGAACAGUCCCUAAUGUUGCAUAAUUCUUACUGAACUGAGAUGUAGGCUUAAACGAACACUAUUGCAUCCUACUAACUGUUUAGGUGUCAGCCACCCCUCCUGGCAGAGAUCAUCAUGAUUGGGGCUAGUGUGCACGUGCAGCUAAUUGCCAACAGUUUGCUAAAGAAAUGCUCUCUAGGAGAAGUAUUUGAUUUGAGAACCGUUCCUGACUCCGGAAGACAGCCACUAGUGGUGUGUUAACCCUCCAAUGGAAACAUUGAUGUAUCUACUAACCGGCAAUGUUUUACAUUGCAGAAUUAAAACUAAAAGGCCUCUGCACUACGCCAUGGAGUCGGCCGCCUUUAGUGGUCCUUUUUGGAAUUUUUCAUAGUGGAGUGUGUAUGCAUGUGUUUUAUAUGAAUGACAUUAAUAUAAGACACAAUUAAAAAAUAUAACUUUGCAGAAACAGGGCUGCUGUCAACAUUGAAAUGUAAAAGUUUAUUCUUUAAAUACUGAAUUACAAUGAAACCAAAUUACAAAACUCGGGCACCGAGAGCUGAUUAAAUCCAAACUCUGCUGUUUUUGCUAAAUUCUGAAAUUCACUUUGGAGUUCACUACAAUGCAGUAUUUAGUGAAUACACCCCAUUCAUGUAAUGGCAAAGCCGGCUUCGUGUAUCUACAACUUGAUCUGCAGAGUAUCUCCCCAAUCUGUCCCUCCACUUGCAGGUUAUGUUCUUGUUUUUUACUUCUAGAUCCCCCUUUUUGCAUUUCUCAUAUUUCUCACGCUGGCUGUGGAAUAUGGAAGUUGUCAAAAAGCCGAUAGUCGGUGAUUUGUCUGAAAUUUAUUCCGGGUGGCUAAGCAUGUUGAGUGUUGCAGCCCAAUGGGAGUGAGCCCUCAUACUAACCUAUUUCAUGGUAAUUCCAUGAAUAAUGGCAGCACUUUUAGCUUUUGUAAAUGAAAUAAAGUGUUAAAAACGUUUUGCAAUUUCUUUCCUGACGUAUAGUGUCCAUACAGAAGGGAUGCUCUUCCUACAGGUGGACAUGUACCUUCUGUAGUUAAAUAUGUAAAUUAAUAGUGAAAACCCACCCCCUCAUACCUUAAAUAAGCACAUUUAAAUGGCAAUGUUUACAUUGGUUGAGAAUACGUCCUUGGUUGACAAACCCCAGAGGCUAUUCCUUCUUAAGUCCUUUGAUUUUCGAAGUUCUUCACAAUUGACAUCAUCACACAGAGCAUGAUGACUGCAGAUGCAGCCAAUACUAACCAUAAAGAAGCAUUCAUUUCACUGCAUACACACGGGAUUCUGUGUUUCUCUUUGAGAAGCACUGGAUUUGCAGAGUGCAGCAAUUGCCACAUGUGCACAGUUGGCCUGCAUUGCUUCUCAAUCAGUGAUCAUCAUACUUGGAGGAGUGGCUGCACACUGGAUUGUGUCCUGGAGAUGGAAUAUAGGUAUGUUUUGGUUUAAACAAAAGGGGCCUUGAAUAUAAAGAUAGUAGAGAAGGCAUCUAACUUUAAUCAUAUUAUAUUUAUUUUAUAAAAUGUUUUGAAUAAUAUAUUUGUUUCUAAAGUUAGUGUUCCUUUAAAGGGAUACUGUAGUGCUUGGAAUACAAAGUUGCAUUCCUAGCACUGUAGUUCCCCCGCGUCCUUCCCCUCCCAUGGCAUGGUAAUGGUUAAAAUACCUUGACGCUGGUUCAGGCGCAUGAGUGCAUUAGGCGCUCCCCAUUGGAAAGUACUACUGCAAUGCUUUCCUAUCAUGUUUUGCAUGACGCUGGGCGUCCUCAUGCAGACAUCCAACAUCAGUUAGGCGACCAUAUGUUGCCUAACCACCAGGAUUUUCCUCUAUUGACUGUCUGAUUGACAGCCAGUAGAGGCAGUCUUAUCCAUGCAGAAACUGCAAUAAUUAUCAUUGCAGGGUUAAGGGUACAAGGAAAUUGCACCAAGACCACUUCAAUAAGCUGAAGUGGUCUGGGUGCCUAUAGUGUCUCUUGCAGAGCGUGUCUAUAUUGAGCAGUAUUACAUUUCCGUAGAGUCAAAGGGAUAUGCAUCAUAACAGAGAAAAUAGUCCCAUGGGGAUACAGGCAUAGGUUAGCAAUUUUGAUAUAUUGAUGGAUUCUAGUAAGGAAUGGAUAAUACGAUAGACGAUCAACUAGGGGACAUGCUUUAUUUAACCAGGAAUGAUACAUUUAGCUUUCAGUCAUUUCCAAGUACUUCCUUUCAGAUGUUUUUUUACCUGAUUUUAUUGACAAGAGAAUGAAAGAUUGACCUGUUAAUAUAGGGGUAAUUUUCAUUUAGUCAUCUAAUAAAAAGUAAAGUUAUUUCAUUUAACAUUAAAUUGUCAGGAAUUCUCCAGGGAAUUUCAAACUUUCUAUGAACAAGUUAUUCACCAACGUGAAUUUUAAAUCCAGUGCAGCUGGACUGGAAGCAAUAGCUGAUUUAGAGCAUUUUUCCAGUUCUGCUCAUGUUAUGUUGUGUUUUAAAUUCACUUUAGUGAAUAACCUGCAAGAUAAACAAAUUGGACGCAUUCUCUAGCACAGCUUGCGGAUCAGCUGCUUUAUUCUGGAAUUCUUUAUUCCCUUGUCAAUUUCCCACAAUUCCCAGUUUAGUGAGUAACCAUGGAAAAGCCACUGUAUAGCUGCUGCUAUAGGUCUAAUUUUAUUGGAUACUUUUCUUCACUGUAUAUUUGUUGGUACUGACUGACCCCAUGUUUGAUAUUGGUGGUUGUUUUACGCAAUGUAAAUGUAAUAAAUUGUGUUUCCAAGUUUGCUGUAAUUAACAUAAUGUUUGGAUGUUUGUACCUGGAAAUCACACGUGAAAAUGUAUUGCAUUUACAGAUUUGUUCUUCAUUCUGCUCUGCAUGAUUGUAUAGGUUUUUGCUUUGUACAGUACUGUUUGUAUCUCACUGUUUGGAGACUAAUCAUAGGCUUUCUCCAUCCCUUUAAAACACACAGUGGCUUCAGUUAUGUGGAUCUGGUGGAGGGUGUACAUGAUGGGCGCUUUUAUGCCCUGAAACGGAUAUUAUGCCAUGACCGGGAAGAUCGGAAGGAAGCUGUACAUGAAGUGGAGAUGCACAGGCUGUUCAAUCACCCGAACAUCUUGCGGCUUGAAGGACAAUGCAUAAUAGAAAAGGGAUCCAAAUGGGAGGCUUGGCUGCUCCUUCCAUAUGUAGCGGUAACUUGCUGAGUGGGGGCACUGUGGGCUUGAGAAGGAGAGUCUUGUCAGAUGAAGGAUUUGUAAUUAUAAACCACAUUUCAGCUUGUGGCCAUUACUGACAACAAACUGAAAUGGUCGUGGCUAUAAAUCACUGUUCUGGGAGUCCUGUACCUUGCUAGCCAGAUAUUUCUUGGCUCUUCAGCUUCCAGAAAGAAAAGUGAAAAGCUAUUCAUUCCUCCACCCCCUGAAGGGUUGGCAGGGUGAGAGAGCAAGGCUUUAAAUCUGCGUGAUUUGUAGGGGACUCUGAUUGAUCAGAGAAAUGGGGAUGUUGCUAUCUAUUUUUAUAUGGCACUAACGUUCUCCUGUACAGUUAUACAGUGAAGAUAUUUAACAAUUUAUUACACAAUAAGUAACUGACUGGAAGCGUGCCAAUUACAUUCUAAAUAAAACGUUGUUUAGUUUGUUUCCUUUUUACGUUAAACAUAGAAUUACAGGGAAUUGAAAACUGAAUUCUAACAUUUAGGCUAAGCUUCUGAAAUGGGACUCCGCUAUGGUCACCGCUUGGCUGUUUAAGAUAUAUUUUACAAUUUGAUUUUCUACUUACUACCAUCCAGUGUUUAGUGUAUAAAUCCCUAUGUCUUUGCAUUUGUUCGUUAUAUGUUUAGCACAGGAUGUUAAGAACUUUCAUACAAUUUUAAAUUGGGACUGUGUCUUACUUUGCUUUAAAAAAAAAAAAAAGGAAUACAGGCAAAGGACUUGCUGCCAAAUCAUUUCAACUUCCUUCUGCUUUUGUGCUGUGUUUGUGGAGCCAGUAACAGAAAACUGACUAGUGGCCUAAUCCCCUCCGUUAAUGGAAUCAAAUAUAGAACGUGUACUUAGCAGAUAGCAUCACGCUCCAGUUUUUUUCCCACAGAUGCUGAUUGGAGUUGUGCCAUCAUUAUGUACUUUGUUUACGUAGCAUUUACUAACCCGGACACUUCUUUUUAAACUUAAAAAAAAAAAAAAAAAAAAAAUGUUGACAGAAUUGUGUACAGAGAGCAGGAACAUUCAGGGCAUUUCAAGAAGCGGUUAAAUCCUGCAGCCAUCAUUAAUGCAAUCUGUGCUCUUCAACUGUGUCGCUUCUGGUUAGUGAGUUCUGUGUGUUCUGUUUUCAGAAAGGAACCCUGUGGAGUGAGGUAGAAAGUCUACGGGAUAAAAAUUGUGCCCUUUCUGAAGAUCGAGUUCUCCACAUCCUUCGUGGAAUAUCUCUGGGAUUGAAAGCCAUACAUGACAGAGGCUAUGCACACAGGUACAUCGGUGUAAUUCAAAGCACUAUAAAAUAACUUGACAAAGAAUAGCUGUCAAAGUAAAAUGAUCGUUGAAAUCACAAUGGAUGGCUAUCUCUUUAAUUAUGAUUGGUCUUUUAUUUUGUAAUCUGCUUUGUGCAAAGAAUUCACUGCAUUUAUAUAUAUAUAUAUAUAUAUACAGUGUAUAUAGCCUUUUUCUCUCCUGGUUUGGAAGAUUACCCUACUUACUUACUUACCUCUAUCUUCUGUCCGUACUCCCACCUCUGAUGCUCGCCUUUAAGAUUUCUCGAGGGCUGCACUUCAAAAUAUAUAUAUAUAUAUAUAUAUAUAUAUAUAUAUAUAGUGUAUAUAGCCCUUUUCUCUCCUGGUUUUGAAGAUUAACCUACUUACUUACUUACGUCUAUCUUUUGUCCGUACUCCCACCUCUGAUGCUCUUCAAGAUUUCUCGAGGGCUGCACCGUUCCUGUGGAACUCCCUUCCCUCCUCUGUUAGAUGCUCACCCAGUCUUCAAUCCUUCAAAAAAUCGUUAAAAAAACACACUUCUUCAUAAAAGCGUAUCAAUUAAACUGUACAAUCCUGACUGAUUCCUCUUCUGCAACUGUCACUAGUCUAAUACUAUCCUUACCUUUUUGUGUCAUUUUACCCCACUCCCUCUAGCAUGUAAGCUCAUUGAGCAGGGCCCUCAACCCCUCUGUUCCUGUGUGUCCAACUUGUCUGGUUACAACUACAUGUCUGUUCGUCCACCCAUUGUAAAGCGCUGCGGAAUUUGAUGGCGUUAUAUAAAUAACAUAAUAAUAAUUACUCAGUGUGAGACGCCACAUGUACCCCAUGCAGAAAACAACACAAAUCCUAACUAGUAUAUCUGAAGAUAUUAUUAUUAUCCACACAUAUUAUUGGAAAUGAUGCAGGGUCAGCAACAGUAUGAAUGUCAGGAUUACAUUACCGAAUACCCUUGAUGACUGAUUUUCAUUUAAACAAGAUAAACAAAGAGAAAGUACUAAACAAAGCAUCAUUCAUUAUAUAUCUGAAAGUGGGACUCCCAUCAGAGAGAUGCCAGUGAAACUGUUGUGAAAUGAAUACAAACAAGCAGUAACCAUAUGCCAGUUCAGGGUGGAAAACACAAGUAGGUUGAACAAGUUCGAUCUCUUGGUAAAAUAUAGGGAUAUUGUCCCCACGCUAGAGGACGAGGUAGCAUCCCCAUAGAGACCUGUGUUUGAAUGCUCCACCCUUCCCUACCAUUAUAGUCUGAUUGGGAGCUGCCUGCAAAGUAUUCUCAUGGAAUACCUGCUAAUGCAUUUAAAUGUAUUUUGAAUAAGUGCUGUAUGGACAAUAUCUAAGGUUAGUAUGUAGAGUUCCCAGAUCUUUAAAAAAAAAAACAAAAAAUAGAGAGACCGUUCUUUCUGUAUGUUGGGAGGCUUUGAUCCAGUGCAUUCUAAACACAUUAGACAGCUUGGUUUGGCACAAAGCCAGGGUCGGCUUGUCAACUGAGAUCCAUGCAUGCACAAUGCUUUUCCUUGCCACAGUCAGCACCAUCUAAAUAUACCUGGUGUGUCUUGGAAUGCUGUGAGAGAAGAUUCGAAAGAUGGACAGCUAAGAGGACUAUGGCACCGAAAAGUGCAGGGUGUUCUUCCAACAAAACUCCCUGAUCCGUGGACAAACCCAAAAAUAGUGCAGUAAGUCAUCUCCCCCCUCCCCGCACUUCAAGCAAUUUGAGGAGAUUGAACACCUCAUUCUGUAUUAUUAAUUUAUUAUAUAGCGCCAGCAAAUUCCGUAGCGCUAUACAAUAGGAUUGUAUUGAGCAUCAGGUGCUAGGUAGCAAUACAAUGCUGUCCACUGAAACAUCUCUUGGUAGAGAAGGACUGGAAGAAGUUUAGUUUUUUCAUAGUUAAAGCGGCACUGUCAUGCCGAACUUACCUUUCCUCAAUCUCUUCCUCUUCUCCCCCUCUCUCAGGAUCUGUUAUUCUUUUCUUCCUGUCUUCUUUAGUUUUCUUUAAAAUCAUAAGACAAAGAAGGGACUCUUUGCCUUAUGGAGGAUUCCUCCGCUUGACCAGCUGUGACCAGCGGAGGAGCAAAGUGUGCUUCAUUUCCGCUGGUCAGAGCAAUUUUCCCAUGAUCCUUACCUUUCCUCUGUGUUCCCACAAUGCUUCCUGUCACUUUACACAAAACUGCCGAAUUGCGUUCUAACUGAAUGAGAACAGUAUGUUCGUUUCUUUUAGAACGCAAUUCGGCACUUUAUUCGGAUCGGAAUUUCAUUCUAAUGAAUGAAACUCUGAUCCUAUUCAUUGCCGCGGCUGCAUCUUGCAGCCGCUUAGUAGAUAACUCCCUAAUUCCCACGGUAUCAGGGAGCUCUCUACUAAAAGGCUGAAAGACCUAAAUUGGUCUUUCAGCCACAUUUACUAAUACUGAGUAAAGAUUACUUAGUAUUAGUAAAUUAAAUGCCCCUUCUCGCUAUACCGCGAGUAGGGGCAUGUGUAGUAAGCAGUGAGCAGCUUAUAUCUGCUCACUGUAAAAAAAAAACAAAAAAAAAACUAAUAAACCCCCUCCCAUGCCCGUGGGGGCCCUAAAUAAAGAUGGGGGGGAACCUACUGGCCCCCACCCCUGAGCGGUGGGUGGGGGCCCUAAAUAAAGAUAUGGGGGGGGAACUUCUGUCCCCUCCCCGGCCCCACCCCUGCGCGGUGGGUGGGGGCCCUAAUAAAACAAUAAGGGGGGGGGACCUACUGUCCUCCCCCCCGGCCCCCACCCCUGCGCGGUGGGUGGGGCCAGUAAACAAUAAGGGGGGACCUACUGUCACCCCCCCUGCGGUGGGUGGGGCCCCCACCCUGCGGUGGGUGGGGCCAUCUCUAAUAAGGGGGGACAUGUCCUCCCCCUGGCCCCCCACCAGCUCAGGGGUGGGGCCCUAAUAAAACUAAUAAGGGGGACCUACUGUCCUCCCCCCCCGGCCCCCACCCCUGCGCGGUGGGUGGGGGCCCUAAUAAAACAAUAAGGGGGUGGGACCUACUGUCCUCCACCUCCCCCCCGGCCCCCACCCCUGAGCGGUGGGUGGGGGCCCCUGUAAAACAAUAAGGUGGGGGACCUACUGUCCUCCCCCCCUGGCCCCCACCCCUGCGCGGUGGGUGGGGGCCCCAGUAAAACAAUAAGGGGGGGGGACCUACUGUCCUCCCCCCCCUGGCCCCCACCCCUGCGCGGUGGGUGGGGGCCCCAGUAAAACAAUAAGGGGGGACCUAAUGUAUUGAGCAUCAGGUGCUAGGUAGCAAUACAAUGCUGUCCACUGAAACAUCUCUUGGUAGAGAAGGACUGGAAGAAGUUUAGUUUUUUCAUAGUUAAAGCGGCACUGUCAUGCCGAACUUACCUUUCCUCAAUCUCUUCCUCUUCUCCCCCUCUCUCAGGAUCUGUUAUUCUUUUCUUCCUGUCUUCUUUAGUUUUCUUUAAAAUCAUAAGACAAAGAAGGGACUCUUUGCCUUAUGGAGGAUUCCUCCGCUUGACCAGCUCUGACCAGCGGAGGAGCAAAGUGUGCUUCAUUUCCGCUGGUCAGAGCAAUUUCCCAUGAUCCUUACCUUUCCUCUGUGUUCCCACAAUGCUUAAAACAAUAGGGGGGACCUACUGUCCUCCCCCCCCCCCCACCCUGAGCGGUGGGUGGGGGCCCUAGUAAAACAAUGGGGGGGGACCUACUGUCCUCCCCUCCCCCUUCCUGGCGGUGGGUGGGGGGGGCCCCAGUAAGGCUAAUAGGGGGGGGACCUACUGUCCUCCCCCCCGGCCCCCACCCCUUGCGGUGGGUGGGGGCCCUAAUAAAACAAUAAGGGGGGGGACCUACUGUCCUCCCCGACCCCUGCGGUGGGUGGGGCUAAUAAAACAAUAAGGGGGGACCUACUGUCCUCCCCCCCUGGCCCCCACCCUGAGGCGGUGGGUGGGGGCCCUAAUAAAACAAUAAGGGGGGGGGACCUACUGUCCUCCCCCCCCUGGCCCCCACCCCUGAGCGGUGGGUGGGGGCCCUAAAUGAAACACCCCCCCCCAAUCAAGGUGACUAGGGGUCCCAAAAAAGUCUAUCCCCUACCUACCCCCCUCACCCUACAAAUAGUGAGGGGGGAAUAAAAUAACUAACCUGUAAAAAAAAAACAUUAAACUUACCAUUUGACGUCUUCUUUUUUCUAAAAUCUUCUUUCUUCAGCCCCCCAAAAGGCCAAAUAAAAAUCCAUUACACCCGUCGCACUUUAAAAAAAAAAAAAAAAAAACGAGCGCAAAAAAAAAAAUUAAUCCAUGUUCGCCCUUCGAGGGCACGCCGCAUACUGAGCUCCGCAGGGCGGGUCAAGGCUUAUAAAGCUUUGCCCCGCCCUGCAAUUAGGAUUAGAACACUCUGAUUGGUGGGUUUAAGCCAAUCAGAGUGCUCUGAGUCAUUUUACACAGCGUGGGGAAAUUCAUCUGAUGAAUGAGUGAAUAGAUGAAAUUCCCGUUCGCAUGUCCAGGUGUUUCACUGGGCAUGUGCGGGAAUCUCACAGUCUGCCUAGUGUGGGCUGAUGACGUGUCCCACAGGGACUUCACCUACCCACACAAAGAUGGCGGCGCCCUGAAUCAAGAUCGGGGCAGAAAAUAAGGAUUAAAAAAUAGGUAAUGUGGGGGGCUUAGGGGCAUUUGGGGGUGACUAGUGGGUCAAUUGGAUGUAGUGGAGGCGGGAGGGGGGUUAAAAAAAAAAAACGGGAUUCGGCAUGACAGUGCCGCUUUAAGAUAAUGGAUAGUCUAAUGGAUACAGCUGUCUAAGAGAGAAUGAUCUAAUAUCGUGAGAAUACUAUUACCAUAAGGUAAACUAUAGUUGAGUAUUCAUCUUGAGGUGGACGCCAAAGCAUGGCGUCAGUGGAGUGAGCCCAGUCGUUGUCCGUAAAGUGUGCUAGAGACAAGGCGAUAUAACUUCGAAUUUGUAGAUAUUCAAACAGAGGUAUGUGGAGUGAUGGAAAUUUGUCCAUUGGGGGGGUCGGGGGGGGGGGGCAGUGCAGGUACUGAGUUCUCUGGACAAAAUCAUGUAACAGGGUCUGUUUGCUUCUGUGUUCCUGUUGAUCACGUGUUGUAACCACACUGUCCUUUCUGGGACUAGAGCUUGCUUGGUAUAUUAAAGUGAUCUCUCCUUUGAAUGAACAGUCUUGCUAUUCAGGGUCAAAGAAUUUUCCAUUUUCUGCACUAAAACAGAAGAUGGCUUUAAUACAAUAAUCCAGAGUGCAUGAAUGCUUUCAGAUUAUAGUAUGUACCUGAAACGUAGUUGUGUUUAACAUAAUCAUUUAUGAGCAGUAUUUAUGCCACAUGGUUUGUUUAAGAUCAUGCUUAAAAUAAAUAACUACUCCACCUAGAUUGAACAGCCAGUGAGUUCUGGUGUUGCAUUACAUUAAAUGUAGCGUUAACCAAUGUCUUAUGUGUCAAGGUUGGAGUGAGUGUUAAACUUCAUUAUUUGCCUCAGUGAUGUAUUUACUGUAUUGUCACCUAUUAGGGACCUGAAACCGACAAACGUGCUGUUAGAGGAUGAUGACCGGCCACUUAUAAUGGACCUGGGCUCUAUGAACCAUGCUCGCAUUGAGGUGACAAGUUCCCGACAGGCAAUGUCCGUGCAGGUAUGGGGCAGUUUAUCACACAUACUGUGUCCCAGAAAUCAAUGCUCGGGAUGCAGAUAAACUUUCCUAUCUCCCCAUUACGAAGAACGCAUGUUUGCAACAAAUGCUCUUUUAUUUUAAAACAUUUUAUUGAUUUGUGUUAAUUUUUAUUUAGGUUAGGUAUAGAUCCACGUAAAUAUUCUAUAAAUAGACAUCCACUUCCAGUGGCUGCUUUUCCUAAUCUAACAUUACAAACAAUUUUUAAGCGAUUCUGAGAUUGUUGAGUCGGAAAUAAGCACUAUAUGGGUCAAAUCCCUAACUUUCAAUUCAGCAACAGAUCCUGCCAUACUGCGCUUUACACAGUCCCAACCUUUGGUCGUAGUUAAGUGUCAGGUUGAGCGUGAUUAUACAUUGUACAUUUAAACCUGGUCAUAAUAGAAGGAGCAGGUCAGAAACCAUCUGUUAGUUCUUUCUCCCAGACCCUUAGUUCAGCUCUGCUUUAUGUGUAACCCUGAACACCAGCACCAUCUGCAUGUAACAGCCUGUAACUGAUAUGUAUGUCUCACACCUUCCUUAACAUAGGACUGGGCCGCACAGCGUUGCACCAUUUCCUACCGCGCACCAGAAUUAUUCAGCGUUGAGAGCAACUGUGUGAUUGACGAGAGAACGGACAUCUGGGUAAGGAUGGUUCAAAGUCCUGCCCUAUGUGACCCUUACCAAACACUGAUUGCACAGCAUGUAUACCCCUAGAUAUUGAUUCUUCCUUGGAGAAAUGUGACUAUUACUAGAGAAUAAGGAUGCUGCGGGAUAUUUUAAUAGACAGUUUAUAUACUGUAUGGAUGGACAGAUUGGUAACCUCCAGAUUUCAUGUCGGGUCAGCAAGAUCAUAGACUGCAAGGAGAUCUGUAGGACUGGUAUUGAGUUGAGGGUUGAUUCCUUGUUCUGUAUUUGAUGUACAGAAUACAUAUUCCUCCCAAGGGUAAGAAUUCUGCAGUCUUUCAGAGGUGGAUGGUGUACGAUUCCCAUGAUCCUUAUGAGCAUAAUAUCAGGAAAUGUUUAGAUUAUCAACAUCUAGAGUGACUGUUUGCCUUUCUGUAAUCUAGCAAAGCAGUGAGAGUUCUCGUAUAAAGGUUAUUGUUAAUAAGGUUAUAGCUCAUAUACACAUAUAUAUGUAUGAAAAGCAAUUCAGCAGUUAACCUCACAUCGGAAUGAACUAUUGGUACUUUUCCCCAGAAUGGUACAUUGUAAAGGCUGGUAAUAAUCAGUUGGCACAUCUAGUCUUGUAUAUCUAAAAAAAUCAAGGCAACAUGUGCUGAUUUUAUUUGCUGUGGAAUUUGUUGUUUUUUUAUAAAUACCAGUAAAAAUACCAGUAAAAAUAAUAACCAUUUGCUGAUUACAGCAUUGUGCCUGUUUUAUAUAAUUUCUGCAUAAUUGUAAACCUCUGCUGAAUAUAUAGGCUCUGUAUAAAUUCUAAUAAUAAUAAUAAUGUUUAAAAAUGUAUUUCCUGGUUUUUCUGCUCACUAUCCCUCUUCAUAGAGGGUUUUAGCAAUGUAACUAGUUAGCAGGUCUUCUAAUAACGUCAUUUCCCCCCCUUAGUCUCUGGGCUGUGUCCUGUAUUGCAUGAUGUUUGGAGAAGGGCCAUUCGACAUGAUUUUUCAGAAAGGCGACAGUGUGGCAUUAGCGGUUCAAAACAACGUCACAAUACGUACAAGUAACAGGUCAGAUAAUCAGCUGCAAACUCAAUCUAUGCUGACAGUCAUCGUGGGGAGAGGAGACAUGAUUGCAGUGUACAAUGGUCCCUUUGGCAACACAGGGUUUAAUUUUUAGUGAUAAAAGGAGUUUUGUCUUGAAACUGCUAUCUUGAGCACUAAUGGGCAGAAUGUAUUAAAGUUUACAACCUAAAAUCAGAAUGUCAACUAUCAGUUGUGCCAAUUGUUUUUAUCGAGAGGGAGAAUGUUUCUUUUUUUUUUUUCUCCAAUCUAUACUCUGUACCCUCUCUACCCUUUCUCCUCAAUUCUCUUUUCUAUUGCAAACAUAGAUCGAAUAAUUUAAAGGGAAGUACAUUGUGGAUUUAGCCAGCCCACACAUUAUGGCCAGGCUGCACUUUGAUGUUACUCUGUCAUCUCAAACUUACCUUUCUACUAUUGUUUUCUCUUCUCUUCCUCUUUAAAUAUCUGUUAUUUUCUUGAUUUUUGUUCUAGAUAAAUAAGACUUUUGAUAGAGUAAUUGAAGUUUGCCUUAAAGGGACACUAUAGUCACCCAAACUAAGCUGUUUUAGUGUAUAGAUCAUGCUUCCAAAGUCACACCGCUCAAUUAACUACCAUCUAAGCGUUAAAUCGCUUUGUUUAUGCAGCCCUAGCCACACCUCCCUGCAUGUGACUUGCACAGCCUUACUAAACACUUCCUGCCUUAGAACCUACAGCUUGUACUGAGACUGAGUCUCUCUUAAAAACAUAUAUGUUGAUAACUGUGUCUAAAAAGCUGCCUUGUGAUGCUCAUGAUUUAGAAUAUCCCUCUUUUUGGUCAACCUCCUUGGUGCCUCCACCAGCCUAGGUUAGAUUUUAUAAUAUUAGACCUGAGAACUCUAUAUAUUCGUCUUGAGUCUUACAGUAAAAUUGCUUAUUGCCAAGCCUCUGGGUCAUUGCUCUAUACCAGCAUUUCCCAAUUGGAACACAAAUGGGGUUACACCAAACUUGCUAAAAACAAAAUGGCCACGGGCUGCGAGGGAGCAGUGGGCAGUGAUCUCGCUGCUCAGCUCCCUCGCGUGCACAGGAGUGAUGCCGGAGCCGGAAUAUAAUGUCACUCUGGCUCCGGCAUCACUAAGAGGCGCGCGAGGGAGAUCACUGCUUGCCGCCUGCACGCUGCCGCUCAGCAGCUCCCCUGGACCCCAGGGACUGCACACCAGCCGCUCAGCAGCCCCACUGGACCCCAGGGACCUCACGCCCAGCAGCCACACUGGACCACAGGGACAUAGAGACUCCAUGCCAGCACUCCCAAAGGUAGGGAGGCUAGGUGGAGUAAAACAUUUUUUUUAAUUAUAAAUUGUAUAUGUGUCUGUUUGGGAGUUUGUAUGUGUUUGUGUGUCUGUCAAUAAGUAUAUGUGUGUUUGUCAGUGAGAGUGUAUAUGUGUUAGUCUGUAAAAGAGCAUGUGUGUCUGUCAAAGAGUAUGUGUGUUUGUCAGUGAGAGUGUAUGUGUGUCUGAGUGUGCGCAUCUGUGUGUCAAGGUUUGUGUAUGUUUGUAUCUGAGUGUGUGUUUGUGUGUAUAUCUCAGUGUGUCAGUAUGUGUAUAUGACACUGUGUGUAUCAGAGUGUGUGCGUAUGUGCCAGCGCGUUUAUCUGUGAGUGCAAGUGUGUGUAUAUGUCACUCUGUGUAUCUGAGUGUGUGUGUGUGUAAUUGUGAGUCAAGAUGGGUGUAUGUGUCACUAUGUGCAUCUGAGUGUGUGUGUGUCAGUGUGUGUAUCUGUGCCAAUGUGUGUGUAUCUGUGUGUUAGAUACACACUGACACAGAGAUACAAACACUGGCACAUACAAACACAGAUAUACACUGUGUGUCAGUGUGUGUGUGCCACUAUGUGCCAGUGUGUGUGCUUCUGUCUGUGUCUCAGAUACAUACACACACUGGCACAUACAAACACAGACACAAACACCCUGACACAAAUGAAUUGGGAACCCCCUGCUCUAUAUUAGGGAUAGUGGUAAGUGGUGAUUAAUAUCAUAUAUUCCCAGCCCAUCUCCUCCUGUGGCACUUCUUCUAUUAUAGAUAAAUAUGUAAAGAACGUUCUAGUAUCGCGUGCAGAUUAAUUUAUAUCCUUUGCUUGCAGGUAUUCACAAGCACUGGAAUCCCUACUGUCCUCCAUGCUGGUGGUGAAUCAUCAGGAAAGGCCGUACAUCUCUACUAUACUAGCCCAGAUAGAGACACUGGUUCCUGCUGUAGAUGGACAGGCCACAACUAGGAUAUGAUGCCACCGGAUAUAGGACCAAAUCCAUGUUCCUCCUGUGAAUUGUUAAUCUUCCAUCCAUGGGACCAUUGGACUCAUCAAAUGUCAAUACAAGGAGACUGCGUCAAUCCACAGUGAAAGCAAACCUCUUGUAUAUCGUUUGAUUUAAAAGAUUUUUAUUAUUUUAACACAUUAGUUUUGUUUUCAAGUACUAAACCCACUAGAGACAUAGACAUCUUCUCUGGGUUAAGUUUGCUGGACAAUAUUUUAUCUUUUUUUUUUUUUUCUUCCUUGGAAUUUUAAACUCACGAAAUAAGCGCAAAUAUCCUGAGGAUCACCCUCGUUUGGUGCUCCAUCUGUGUCCCCAUAGGCUGCUAUUCUCAGGCCAAUACCCACUGUACCCGGUCUUUGGGGCUGUUAAAUAAUUUGUGUUUGGCUGAGUGUGUGCUUUUACAUUUCUUAAAAUUACCUUCAAAGGGAGCUUGCAACUUGUGUGUCCAUUUUAAAUUGUAUGUGUCAUUUUUUUUUUAAAUGAAAAAUAUGUUACAGAAAUGAGUACUGUACUAAUGAUGCACUUUUUACACACAGUAAACGGUGUCUAGUCAUGGGGUGUGAUUUUUAUCCACUAAUGAUCCGUUUGGCAUUCAAGCGUCACUUAUACAGUGAGUCAGUUUAUAAGAGGGUGAGCACGCAAGUUUACAGGAAAACAUUCUGCUUUGUUUACACCCAGCUGCAGAUUUAAUUAGGUUAAUAUUAUGAGCGGACUCUGAGUUAAUAAAAUACAGGUUCCACAAGCAAGAUAUUCCCUGCAUGGUAACUUGGUUUUAAAAGGAACACUGCAGACACUGUAACUGUCAUAACAUUGAAGUGGUUGUAGUGUCUGCAGUCCCUUGGCGCUGUCCUACUAUUCAGUUGUACUCUGCUGGAUUUACAUGGGGAUUCCAUGCUCAGUGCGGCUGGGUAGUGAUGCUUGUAGCCCUGUCCCUAGCUAUUCCCACUAUCAUGCAAUCCCUAACCUAGAGCCAGCAUGGGCCGAGGGAUCACGCCCUCUCUCCAUUAAAGAGACAGAGACACUUUCUGUAUUGAGUAGGGGUUUGUGUUCCGGCUCUAUGGCAAUAGUUCACAACAGCAGAGUGGCUACAGAGCAGCCCUGGCACAGGGUCUGUGUGAUGUGCUAGCUGAGCAUGAGAUGAGGGCUAGGUUGGGUAUAGGUGAUGACUGGGUGAGUCUCAGGGUGGGCAUGGGAUGAGUGUAGGAGGUGAGCACGGCUGAGUAUGGAAUAAGGGCUAGGAUUAGCAUGGGGUGAGGGCAGAGUUGAGCAGGGGUGAGCAUGGAAUGAGGUUGCAUGGGGAGAGCAUGGGGUGAAGGAUGAGGUAAGCAUGUAGUGAGGGCACAGUCUGAUGUGGUGAAUCUCUGGCUGCCCUGAUGAUGAUAUGCCCAGAGAGGGUGUGCGUCUCUAGAACAGGGGCUCUGCAAAUGGAGUUUCCGAGGUACGUCUGAUGUGACAGGCUCUGCGCAGCGACAUGUAAGCAGCACUUGUAUUUUUUUGUCACUGCAAACUAUGAGCCAUGGUUAUUAUACUCAUUAUAUAGCAUAAGGUUUGGCCUCGAUAAAUAUAUUAUUGCAGAUAACAUGAAAUGAUCCAGUACUUGAUUAAAUUGCAGUCUCAGUUUCUGUAAACAAACUGCAAGUGCAAAAUUCUAAAAAUAAAUACAUCGCAGAAUCAAGUAUAAAACAAUAAACCAAAAACAAUCUUUUUAAAGAGCCAGUCUAUAUUUUCAUUGUUUUAAUCUGAUUGUUUUAUACUUUGUUAUAUCAUUUUUGGAGGGGUGAGAGGUGUGGAUCUUGGGUGAGUUCCCACACUUUUUACUCCAGGACUUGACCCCUGUUCCUAACCCAAAAGUGUUCUUUUAACCUGAGCUGCAAUGGGCACUGUGAUUGGCUGAAAGUGUCAGCUUCCUGCUUUCAGCUUAUCACAGCACCCAUUGCUGGUAUGAAUUGGUAUUGCUAGAAGGAAGUGUGUAUUCUCUGACUUAGCCAUACUGCCAGUAGGGGUCAAGCUGUGGGUCAGCAGGGACUCUUAUGCAGUGUUAAACUGCUCGAAAAUGGUUUAACACUUAGUAGAAAGCCUGUGCCAUGGAACUCUAGGCAUUAUAACUAAUGCAAUGAGGUGAAAUGGUUACAGUGCUUGUUUCAUCUAAACAAAAGGGGCACGUUAACUGGUAUGUUCCACAUUUGCAGCAAAUUCUAGACGUCCGUCCUCUUCCCCGGCUACAUUGUACCAGGAUUUGGCAGAGAUCUUUGUUUAUAUGUGUCCUCGUUUCUGUUGUAGAGGUAGAUCUUUUUCCUCAUCCCUUAGCCAUUCAAUGCAUUUGCUAAAGAUUUAAAACAGCACGUAUAUACUCGCAGUGCUCUCAUUCAAAGAAAGGGGGAUAAAAAAAUCACUAGAGUCUUCCACUAACUUUCAAAGUAAUGUUUUAUAUAUUUUAUUUGCAAUAAACCUUUGUGUUGAGCCCUAUUCUGUGUGUUGUAUGUACAACCCACGCCGGUUUAUAGGAGCCAUAUAUCUGACAUAAGAUUUAUGUAAGAGUCGUCCAAAUCUGUUUAUUUGUGGGGAUAUUUUUACCAUUUUCUUAUUAUGCAUGUGGCAAAAAAAAAACAAAAUAAAUCUGGUUAAUGUAUAAAUAAAUAUCGUUCCUGCAUGAUGCUCUGUCAGAUACACCGUUAGACAUCUG